AGCUGGGCCUCCAGAGGAGAGGAUGCUGCCUGGUGCUGGGCUACAUGGCCAAGGACAAGUUUCGGAGAAUGAAUGAAGGCCAAGCCUACUCCUUCAGCCAACAGCCCCAGGACCAGGUGGUGGUGUCUGGACAGCCGGUGACAUUGCUGUGUGCCAUCCCUGAAUACGAUGGCUUCGUUCUGUGGAUCAAGGACGGCUUGGCUCUGGGCGUGGGCCGGGACCUCUCAAGUUACCCUCAGUACCUGGUGGUGGGGAACCACCUGUCAGGGGAGCACCACCUGAAGAUCCUGCGGGCAGAGCUGCAGGAUGACGCCGUGUACGAGUGCCAGGCCAUCCAGGCUGCCAUCCGGUCCCGCCCCGCGCGUCUCACUGUCCUAGUGCCACCGGAUGAUCCCGUCAUCUUGGGAGGGCCCGUGAUCAGCUUGCGGGCAGGUGACCCCCUCAACCUCACCUGCCACGCCGACAAUGCCAAGCCGGCCGCCUCCAUCAUCUGGCUGCGAAAGGGCGAGGUCAUCAACGGGGCCACCUACUCCAAGACCCUGCUGCGCGAUGGCAAACGAGAGAGCAUUGUCAGCACCCUCUUCAUCUCCCCUGGCGAUGUGGAGAAUGGGCAGAGCAUUGUGUGCCGGGCCACCAACAAAGCCAUCCCUGGAGGCAAGGAGACCUCUGUUACCAUCGACAUCCAACACCCCCCGCUCGUCAACCUGUCGGUGGAACCACAGCCAGUGCUGGAAGACAACGUGGUCACAUUUCACUGCUCUGCCAAAGCCAACCCGGCUGUCACCCAGUACAGGUGGGCCAAGCGAGGCCAGAUCAUCAAGGAGGCAUCCGGGGAGGUGUACAGGACCACCGUGGACUACACGUACUUCUCAGAACCUGUGUCUUGUGAGGUGACCAACGCGCUGGGCAGUACCAACCUCAGCCGCACCGUGGAUGUCUAUUUCGGGCCCCGGAUCACCUCGGAACCCCAGUCUCUGCUCGUGGACCUUGGCUCGGAUGCUGUCUUCAGCUGCGCCUGGACUGGCAACCCAUCCCUAACCAUCGUCUGGAUGAAGCGCGGCUCUGGUGUGGUCCUGAGCAAUGAAAAGACCCUGACCCUCAAGUCUGUCCGCCAGGAGGACGCAGGGAAAUACGUGUGUCGGGCGGUGGUGCCCCGCGUGGGAGCUGGGGAGCGUGAAGUGACGCUAACUGUCAACGGACCCCCCAUCAUCUCCAGCACCCAGACCCAGCACGCUUUGCACGGUGAGAAAGGCCAGAUCAAGUGCUUCAUCCGGAGCACGCCGCCACCUGACCGCAUCGCCUGGUCCUGGAAGGAAAAUGUGCUGGAGUCGGGGACUUCGGGGCGCUACACAGUGGAGACGGUCAGCACAGAGGAGGGCGUCAUCUCCACGCUAACCAUCAGCAACAUCGUGCGGGCUGACUUCCAGACCAUCUACAACUGCACUGCCUGGAACAGCUUCGGCUCUGACACCGAGAUCAUCCGGCUCAAGGAGCAAGGUUCGGAAAUGAAAUCGGGAGCCGGGCUGGAAGCAGAGUCCGUGCCGAUGGCCGUCAUCAUCGGGGUGGCCGUGGGAGCUGGUGUGGCCUUCCUCGUCCUGAUGGCAACCAUUGUGGCCUUCUGCUGUGCCCGUUCCCAGAGAAAUCUGAAAGGUGUUGUGUCGGCUAAAAAUGAUAUCCGAGUGGAGAUUGUCCACAAGGAGCCUGCCUCUGGCCGGGAGGCUGAAGAGCACCCCACCAUCAAGCAGCUGAUGAUGGAUCGGGGGGAGUUCCAACAAGACUCAGUGCUGAAGCAGCUAGAAGUCCUCAAAGAAGAAGAGAAAGAGUUCCAGAACCUGAAGGACCCCACCAACGGCUACUACAGUGUCAAUACCUUCAAAGAGCACCACUCGACGCCCACCAUCUCCCUGUCCAGCUGCCAGCCAGACCUGCGCCCUGCAGCAGGCAAGCAGCGCGUGCCCACAGGCAUGUCCUUCACCAACAUCUACAGCACCCUGAGCGGCCAGGGCCGCCUCUACGACUACGGACAGAGGUUCGUGUUGGGCAUGGGCAGCUCUUCCAUCGAGCUGUGUGAGCGUGAGUUCCAGCGGGGCUCACUCAGCGACAGCAGCUCCUUCCUGGACACGCAGUACGACAGCAGCGUCAGCAGCAGCGGCAAGCAGGACGGCUACGUGCAGUUCGACAAGGCCAGCAAGGCUUCCGCCUCCUCUUCCCACCACUCCCAGUCGUCCUCCCAGAACUCCGACCCCAGCCGACCCCUGCAGCGGCGGAUGCAGACUCAUGUCUGAGGAUGAAACACGUGGCCUCCAGGGUGGGGAUGUAAGGGGGGCUGGGGCUGGCGCUGCAGUGACCGAAGGUACUUCGCGGAGGACCCCAGAACCAGCCCCCUCCAAGACAGCCUCUGAGCGCCUCUGUCUCCUCCCUCCUCCGAAGCUCUGAUCAAGCACAAAUCUGAGUCCCAGCUGCGGCGCGCCAGAAGCAGGAGGGUGGGUGGGAACAGACAGAGGAUGCAGCAGAGACUGGACACACGCCCCCACCCCACCCUGCCCCUUUCCUGGACAGCAGCCUUCUCCCCUGCUCCUCCCACAGGCAUAGAGACAGCUGGAAAACUCGCUUUCAUGGAUAUUCCGGCCACUCGCCGGUCUCUCCUGGGCUCUACCCCUCACUGUCCUAAGUUCUGCCCGGUGCCUGUGCUCCUGUACAGCCCUGGGGAGAAAGGGGAGGGGGCAGUUUCUCCAGUCCUGAGGGCCCUUAGAGACCCCCAGCUUACCCCUCCUGUUCGGAGCCCAUUCCUUGGAGGCUGAG